GAACCUCCUCUUUGAUGCUUGUUCUGUCACCGCGCUGACAUGCUAACAGUGACGCUAUUUAGUCUUUUAAAAGAUUGAAAACAUUUACACUUACAAUGGAAGACCGACAGCUGGACCUGACAGAGGAGCAGAUAGCUGUCAAAUCUAAGUACCCACCAAUCAACAAGAAAUAUGAAUACUUGGAUCAUACAGCAGAUGUUCAGAUUCACUCAUGGGGAAAUACUUUAGAGGAAGCCUUUGAACAGUGUGCCAUGGGCAUGUUUGGGUACAUGACCGACACAGAGACAGUGGAACCAAUUGAUACUGUAGAAGUGGAGUCAGAGGGUGAGGAUAUGGAGUCUCUUCUCUUCCACUUCCUAGAUGACUGGUUAUACAAGUUUUGUGCAGAUCUAUUCUUUGUUCCAAGGGAGGUUAAAGUAGUGCACCUAGACAGAAUGCACUUCAAGAUUCGCUCCAUCGGAUGGGGUGAAGAAUUUUGCUUGGGAAAGCAUCCACAGGGAACUGAGGUGAAGGCCAUCACAUAUUCAGCGAUGCAGAUCCACGAUACAGAAAAACCUGAGAUAUUUGCCAUUGUUGAUAUCUAAUGAAACCUCCAAAAGCUGAUCAGGCUGCUCAUUCAAUGGACUUGAAAUGUAUGUGGCCACUUUGAAAGGCCUUUGUUAUCUAAGGCACUGAUUAUUUACUUUUAAAAUCUAAUUUUGUACUUUCAGUUUAAACUGUUUACGUAAAGGAGCUUUUUUUAAAAAUUUUAAUUACAAAUGAACUCAAGAUUUGACGGAUUCUAAAUGGAUCAAGUGUAAUUGAUGAAUGUCAAAGGUACAUUAUUAAAAAAUAUAUUUUAAAAAAAUCAUAAAACCAUUAAAAAGAAAUGACUCUGACCUGCAUGUGAUUUAUAUAAUCACAUAUUUUAGUUUAACCUUAAGACUUUUGACAUCUCAGUUUUAUUUGGAAAAACUUUUGCAAAUUCUAAUUUCAUUUAUUCACAUUUUCAUGUUGAACUUGUGUUGAUGCCUUACUAAUCAUGUAAAUAAAGGAUGUCUAUUUUUUCUGGGGGAUUGAUUAAAGCAUUACCUAUACUGUA